AUGCCGAUCGUAUACUCGCGGAAUCGGGGCCCGUGCUCAUGGUGUUGCAAAAAGCUGAGGAUGCUGAAGCUGCGUAUGGACAGCGCCGGAGAAGAUGAAGCGGUCUUGCGGCUUCGCUCACGGCUCCAAGAGAUUCAGCCAGAUCAUGUCUUUCUGUUGAUUGGCCGUCACAUCAGCGAGUUCUUCCGCAUUGAUAGCACCAUCGGCGAGGGGGGCUUUGGCACGGUCUUCAAGGCAAAGCCUACGGCCGAAGGAUGCAAGCUGGUUCGAAAGCUCCAGUCCAACAAGGACUACGUAUUUCCCCAAGAACCACUGGCCGUCCGGCCGUCACUGGCCAUGCGGAUGCCAAAAGGUGCUGACCCUCUCAGUGCUUGGCGCAAAGAGGGCGCGCUGAGCCGGCAACGGGUGGUGCUGGCAGUGACGAGCCUUCUAGUGGGCCGGCGAGCCACCCUGGGGCGCUCUUCAACGGUGUGGCCGGCCCGGCGCCGCACCUCUCGGCUGCGGCGGCAGUUCUUCAACCUUGGCGGCGAGCCAGAGACUCCGGACAAUGUGGUGGGGCUCUUCUACGAUGAACGUAUGGCGAAGCACCGCAACCUGGAGGACGCCUCGCAUCCGGAGCAGCCACUGCGGGUGCUUCGGGUCUUUGAACACUUGGAGCAACAAGGCUUGGCGCAGCGAUGUGUGCGCCUGCCGGCGAGGGAAGCGACGCGGGAUGAGCUGCUUCUGAAGCACCGCGCCGAGCAUGUGGACCAGAUCCUGGGAUUGAAAGACCUGGCUCCCGAGGAGAUGCUGAAGCUGAGCCUGGAGUUCGACAGCAUCUUCCUAUGUCCCGAGACCACCGAAGCCGCCUUGCUCUCCGCGGGCUGCGUGCUGGAAGCGACGGCUCGCGUGUGCAGCGGAGAGGUGCAGAGCGCCUGCUGCGUGGUGCGGCCGCCAGGCCACCACGCCGAGCCCUCGCAGCCGCGGGGCUUCUGCCUCUUCGGGAACGUGGCGCUCGGCGCGGCCCUGGCGCAGGCGAAAGGCUGGGCAUCCAAAGUGCUGAUCGUGGACUUCGAUGUGCACCAUGGCAACGGCACUCAGCGGAUGUUCGAAGAUGACCCCAGUGUGGCCUGGUGA